CGUGGUCGUGGACAAGCGUGUCAACGACAGAACCUUCAUCUAUCUCUAGGAGCAAGCUACCGCCCACUGUAUCACUCCUUGAAACUUGGCGUCAGCUGGCAUUUCACGGACACCAUGUCCAGCGGCAAUGUGGAACUCCUGGGCGACAAUGUGGAAAUCCUGGAUUAAGAACCCGAGGGCGAGGCUCCCACCGCAGGGCAGCUUCCAGCGGCGGGUGCAGAAGACGAGAGCCCCCCCAUGCCCAUGGCGUUCACCGUCGAUGAUUUGCUGGACAACAUCGCCACAGCAGAUCCGGCGGAACUGGAGCGAGCCUACAACACCGGACGUGUCUCUCUCAAGGAUAUGGUAGAAGCGGCCCAUCUGUCGUUGAACGAGACGUGGUGCGACGGUCUUGCCGGAAAGAUAGCAGAGUCGGAGGCGCAAGCGGAGCGCUUGGCGGAACGGGAAGCGUCUCUGGCGAGGAAGCAGGAGGAGAAGCGUAAGGCUGUUCGGGCUGCUGCGGCGAGGAAGCAGGAGGAGGAACGUGAGGCUGCUCUGGCUGCUGCGGCGAGGAAGCAGGAGGGGGAGCGUGCGGCUGUUCUGGCGGAGCGUGAGGCGUAUCUCCAAGCGGCUAGGGCGAAGCAGGGGGCGCUCCGAUCGCGGCUGAAGGAGCUGGAGCCCCGCCACCAGGACCCGCGAGCAGCCCCCCACCCCCGUCGCCGUGUUAUCGUCCCCCCCCCACGCAAUCCCAGGUGCUCCUUGGUUCCCAUUGUACCGCCUCGCCGCAAGAGAAGGAGCGGGAGGUGGCGGCUUCUCCGACGAACGAGAAGGAGCGGAAGAGGACAGCGACUCCGGAGUUUUCGGUGACUUUGGGCCUUCCGGCCGGUGCUGAAGACGGAGCAUCGUUUGCGGCGGCAACCACGGUGUACG